AUGUCAUAUCCGGUCCCUCCAGGUCUCAAUACCUCUCAACCGCCAGCUUCCCUUCCUGCGCGACCGCCACCUUCUGCAGUGAGCCCCGCACCCGGCCUCAAACCAUCCUCUAGCAGCGCCGCUGCUAAACCGGCCUUCACAGCAUUCGCGCCCCGGUCGAUAGCGAACUCUUAUCGCACGAGCAGUCCAGCGCAUUACGCUGCUGCUCCAGUUACGACCUACAGCCCUGCUGCACAGUAUCAGCAACCCACGUCGCUCCCUCAAUAUGACGCAUCGUACUCGAGUGCCCCUCAGAUCCGCAACCCCUUCGUGCCCUCGACGGACACGUCUUCCUCAGCCAACCCUUAUCCAGGCUAUGACGCCGACUACGAAGCCCAGGUUCAACAAUGGCAAAGCGCCUACUUGAGUAGAGAUACCAGCAGCACGUCAACACCGAAAGCAACAGGAGGAGCCUCCACGAACCCGACCCCGGUUACGAGCACGUCCCACAAAGAAACCACGGCUCAUAGCAAGGAUGAGGCCCCUAAAACGGUCCAUCGCUCUGGCGGCGGCACGACCUGGACCGACCCAACCCUCUUGGAAUGGGACCCGGCACACUUCCGCAUUUUUGUCGGCAAUCUCGCAGGCGAAGUAACCGAUGAUUCCCUGUUGAAGGCCUUCGCACAAUACCCCUCGGUCCAGAAAGCCCGGGUGAUCAGAGACAAGCGGACCACAAAGUCCAAGGGAUAUGGGUUCGUGAGUUUCGCCGAUGGAGACGAUUACUUCCGCGCUGCGAGAGAUAUGAAUGGCAAGUAUGUGGGCAGCCAUCCGAUUGUGGUAAAGAAAGCUGUAACAGACGUGCGACCAACAGCAUCGAAGCAAUCGGGAAAUAAGGGCAAACAUGGAGCGGGAGGACAUGGGAAGGUCGAGCACGGUGGUGUGCAUAAGAAACAGCCAAAGAUGAAGGGUGGAUUGAAGGUGCUUGGAUGA